AAUAGGCAUUAGUGGCAUUGGCAUUACAGUGAAGUGAAAUCGAACCGUCAAAACCAUAUUGUUGAUGUAAAACUUCAUGAAAUUAUUGUAAAUUCAUCAACCAUCAUCAUGGUUAGAACAGUGUAUUCCCCAGAAUACUGCCUCCAGUAUCUCGAACAGUAUGCAUCAAAAGAAACUUUCGUGAUAGGACUUAUUCUAGGUCAGACGACAGAUUCACGUGAGAAUGUGAUACAUUUGGCUCGUACUCCAGAAGAGAAAAGUUCUGACAAUGCCGCGGAAAACGAGACAUUCUCAGCCUCAGACAAGCCUGAGGUUGUUAGGAGCUUAUCGGGAGUGUCGGAGGCGUGGAUAGCAGACCACGCCAAACAUGUUACUAGAAUGCUGCCCGGAGGGAUGUUUGUUCAAGGUAUAUUCAUCACAAGUGACGAAGAUAUAUUUGAGGACCCAAACUGCUUCAGUAGAGUGAAAGCAAUACUGAAUUACACAUACAAGUCGCUCAACACAAACCCGUACAUGUACGGCAACUGCCCAGGGGUAACAGAACGGCUUGUUCUCCACAUGUCAACAAGUACAAAGGUCCUCACAUGCAAGAGUGUGGAGGUUGGUUCAGUAAAAAAUGUAUUCACAAAGCCUGUUGAAUGGAAAUUUUUGCCGAAACCACAACAGUGGCAGAGACUGGACUGCUAUUUUGAAUUUGAUGAUGUUUACCCGGUCAUCGUGAAGAAGAGUGGUAUUUCUGUUAAGCAACAAUUUCAACAAAUAUUGGAAUCUGCACAGAAGACAAUAGAGUCCAGUGUUAUGUUUAUAGACGGAGAGCUAAAGACUGGUUCAGAAGCUUUAGAAAAUCUAAAUAAGAAAAAGAAGCCCAAGACUAAUGCUAAACUCACACAGCAAGAAGCCCUGAAGUCCAUGCAAGUGUCAUUGUUUGUGCCAUUUGAGACCUGUCUCCCAGAAACGGUCGAAUACCUAGAAUGCGACGGCAGCAUACACUUCAGCGGCGUAGUGUCGUCCAGUGUGUUCCUGUACCCAAAAGCGACGGUCAGUGAAGCCAUCACCGCUGUCAAACAGGACAUAGUGCGGUCGCUGGCUUCCCGAUUCACUAUGCACUGUGAUGCCUUGAUUGAUGACAAUCUGUUGCCUGAAGAGAAAGUGUGCUUUAACGAGCCGCCUCGACGCGUCCUAGUUCCCGUGGGCUCCCUAUUCCUCUGCGACUACCUGUUCCCCGGGGAGGCGCCCGCCGAGGCGCUGCUCUCGGUCCGCGAGCUGCUGGACCUGCAGAUCACUGAGGCUGACGUCGUGUGCGAUGUAGAGACGCCUGCAGAUACUUCGGAAUUCGAUGCUCUCGAUCGCGACGCCAGCAGCGAGGAACUCCUCGCGACUCCACAAGAAGCCAGUCAGUUCAUGUACAUAACCGGCAUUUGCUUCGCCUUGUUCGUCCUCAUUGUCUCCAUAUUAGUGCACUAUUACGACACGAUAGUAGUGUGCCUCAGAAAGAUGUUCUCCAAGUAAAGGUUUACUACACAAAGCAGUCUAAACACAUUAACACUGUUCAAGAGUUUGCAUGCAAUAUUCGAUACAUCGUUAAGAGCCCAGCAACAUGCUCACUAAUAAACUACAACGAAUAUUACAAGCGGAGCUCCAUUUCUAAUAAGUGAAAUUAGAGAAGGAGUUCCGCUUGUAACAUUAGUUGUAGUUUAUUAAGCACCACGGCCCAGGCGACCGAUUUUUGAAUUUCGAGCGCUUGAUUUCGUGUGGCUACUCCCUUAAAUACUAUCUUCACUAAGCAUUUAAAUUCUACUAGUUAAGUAAAUUCAAAACGAGUGGGCCACUAGAUUCCCAAUUUCUAUCGCUCGUAUAGGGAGCGUGCAUGAACUAUAGAGGGCAGCACAGGAGCCGUUAGAUUUUUGCCGCGAGGCGUAAAUGUGAAGUUUAUGCUUGCAAUGUAGCCCAUAAGAUGGCAGAACCUACUAUGCAAAAGAAAACGUACGAGGACGGUAGAUGGCAGCACUUGCUUUGGCAAUGUACAUGUUUAUGAUUCCGAUUCAGGCCCCAAGAUGGCAGAACCUCCAACGCGCACGGUCCCUAUUUCAUAACUUAGCGUUUCACCGUUUUCCAACGAUUAUCGAGUGACGAAAUCGAGCGAUCGAUAUGAGGGCUAAAGCGUUUAAUUUCGCCGCUAGGGGCGCUAGUGUAGAUGGAGGUCUUUCAAUAUGUCAAAUGCAUAGAAGUUUAGGGGGUUUCAAGCUUUUUUAUCGAAAAUUUUCACUCCUUAUUCAUAAUUGUGGUAAAUCUUUGUCCAUCUUUGAUUAAUAAUUGUAAACAAUAGAUAUAGCUCAAUAAACGUUAGUGGAUUAAAAAAAGUGCCAACUGAAAUAUAUGCAAAAUUAAACAGGUUGCAAAAAUGGCACAUUUAGACGUUAAAAUACCUUUGUGUAUAUUAGAACGUAUUGAUUUUAUAAAAAUAAGCAUAGAAGAAUUUUGAGAUCUGUUUUUCUGACCUACAUUUACAGUGGUGCCAACUGGUGAGCACAAAAACGGUAGUCCUCAUUCAAAAAUCGUCCCCCUGAGUUACAGCAUAUAAUGUACGAGCCGUACAGUGCCAUCUACAUCAGCUAACAAAAUCGAAGCCCGAAUUUGCCUUAGACUUAAGUAACACAUCUUAGGGCCACUUGCACUAUACCACUAACCCGAGGUCAACUGGUUAAACCGUUAACCCAGUGUCAAAUUGUACUGGUAACCAUGGUAACUCGAGGUUUAACCGGUUAACCCGAAAUGGUGCAAGUGGCGCUUACUGAUGUGCCGUUGGAAAGUUUCCAAACGGAAAUUUCCACAUGGAAAAGUUUCGGAAACUACUCAUAUAUUA